GUAUAUGUAAACAACAACUUGAAGGCUGUCGACUUUUGGCCUGACAAGCCAACAGCAGUGUUUUCACUAAAGUACCGAAUAUUCAGUAAAAUGAUAAGGUCUCCUUCAUCAUUUUUUCAGCUGAAAACAGGAGAGGGAAGACGCUUUUCCAAAAAGCUUAGAAUCGCGAGUUCGAAAACAGCUUUCGUGGUUUUCUAAUUAAGAGAUCCAACCACGUGGAUAAAUGAUCAACGCAAGCUUGUCUAGCUCUGAAGCUGAUGGUCCCUUAACCACAGCGGACAUCGUUUUUGCGGUGAUUUACUCGCUGAUCGUUCUUCCAGGUAUUGUAGGAAACUCCAUCAUUAUAACAAUUGUGUGGAAAAACUCUUCAAUGCACACAACUACAAACUAUCUGCUGAUGAAUUUGGCUGUGGCCGACCUGAUCACAUUGUUACUCUGUCCCGGUUUGUACGAUUUUGCCAUAACGAAAGUUCAUCUACAGGGUAUCACCGGAGACUUGAUCUGCAAGUUGUUUGUGGGAAAUGCUAUUGUUCCUAUAACCAUGAACGCAGGCGUACUUACAGUCUCUACCAUCGCCGUAGAGAGAUAUAUGGCGCUUGUGAAACCGUUUCGCACUGCAAAGCUGACUAAAGAAUCUGUGAAAUAUGUUAUAGCAGUUCUGUGGCUGUUAGCUCUACUAUCGUGCAUACCAGAUAUUCAAGCCAAUACAUACAACAUCUCGUCAACCAAAUAUCCUUGCAAGCGCCCCUGGAGUUUGGAUGAGUAUUUCCUUCACAAACCCUUCAUCAUCUUCACCUGUUCUGGGUUUGGCCUCAUGAGUUCCUCGAUACUCAUCUUCUGUUAUUUUGAAAUCAUUCGUGGAUUGUACUUCACCAGAACAAUUUGCUCGGAAUCGACAUGCAAUGUUGAAGAAAGGAAAGCGAAGAAACAAUUAGCUCGUCUAGUAAUUUGGUUGGCAAUCGUCUUUGCUGCGUGCUCGCUGCCAUUCUCCGUAUAUUUCAUUUUCUUGGUAUCGGCCGACAGAAAAACUGUCGAGGAGAACUACGAUGUUUUGUUUGAACUUCACAGAACCUCUCGGGUUUUACUGUUUUCAAACUCUUUCUUCAACCCCUUGUUAUAUGCCUUACAGAGUUCCAAUUAUCGAGACGGAUUUAAGUUAAUUUGUAAUGUCAAUUCUGGAAUGCCUUGUUGCAAGCGUACAAAUGCUGUGCGAAGUUUAAGCCUAACUCAAAGAGGGGAGACUUUACACCCAUCCCAAGGAGUUUUUGUCAAAAAGGAGAUGGCGGUUUAAUUUCUAAUUUUUAAUUGAUGAUUAACGGUAAAACUUAAAGCCAAAAAUAUCAGCCUUUUCCGCACCCAGAGAAUCUUUCACUGCUAGUUAUUUUAAGAUACCUUUUUUACUUUCGAACCGCUCGCCACAACUUGCUUGCGAUCUCACUACACUCAAGGAUGAGAUUAAAGAUUAUUCAUUUCGAACUAACAACCCAACAAAGACCCUUACGGAUACGAUAUAAUAUUUGCAUAUCU